UUCGUCAUUAGAUAACUAUACUAUUCAACCCAGAGAUAAGGUUGGUAUUUAGUAAGGUUUGGAAAAAAAGCAUAUGGCCAUGGGGUGUUUUUUGUCACAUUGCUCCUGAUAAGAUAGGAUGGUGUUUUUGCCAUCAUUUGCCACUUGCGAACAUCCUUUUAACGGAUUCCUCCUGUUACUAUACGUAUUUGGAGAUUCCAAAUCAACACUUCAAAAAAAUGGAUUUAUCUCCACUGCUUAAAAGAGGUCCUUCCAACCACAAUUAAUAUCAACAUCGUUCGGCAUAUUUUUGGCUGCCAAAAAUAAACGAGUCCUUUCCCUUCAUUAUCCCAUUCCCAUCAACGUGUGAGUUCUUUAUUAGCUAAUCUAUAGAUUUGCAUGAGCUGGAGUAUAUCUCUUCAUCUUGUCAAGUUUUCAAAACUUUCCAAUUCAAUUAACCACGGAAUGGUACUCAAGCAUCUUGAUUGGACCAUCGAAGUCCAUUAAGACAGUGAAGCGGAUCCCACCACAGUGACAAGGUUGUCUUCCGCAAACUAGUUCAUGAGUCAUGACAGUGCCUUAUAUCGACCACGAAAUUAAUUAACAUCACAUAAAUUUUCCGAAUAACGGUCGCCUUGUAGAUUUCUAAUAAGCAAAAUCAGGAAUAUUGGUGGUGACCAAUAAUCUUUACGCUGUCGUUUUGGCGUUUUAUAACUUAUCCGGAUGGGCUCUUGUGUGGUUUCAAAGCUCACGAUUCCGAUUUCCACACCCACACCCCUUAACCCUCUACCCACUCUGUCUGCUUCUGUAAUAUCCUUUUCAACGUAUCCUUCCUCAUUUUGUUUCUUAGUCCGCUCUGCCCAGAACAUAAAAACCUCGGAACUUCAAUGCCCAGAAACCAUAAUUUGCUUUCUUCACCUGUUGUACAGAGAGCUCAAAAGGAUAAGUUCCCGCCAUUCUCUGUUUUUGAAUAUUUCAUACUAAUAUUCUGUUUGUUUAUUGGGAAAUUCAUUCGGAAGAAAGAUUAGUUGAUGGGCAUUGACUAGAAACAUGGAAAGGUUUUCGCAGAAAGAGGGCAUUCUCAUAGGAUAUAGUGUACGGAGAUCGUCACUCAAUUCUGGGUCUUCACCAAAAACAUCUUUCAGGAACUCCGAUGUGGAUUUCCACGACGUUUUUGGUGGUCCUCCGAGGAGGUUUUCAAUGCCGGAAGUACCGCACAGCUUCAGCGACGCGAACGAGUCUAGAGGUAAGGACGAACUCUGGACCGGUUCGGGUGAGAAACCAGUUUUUGGUGAUGAGGGAAUGAACCGGAGACGGUACCAUAGCUCCGACUUCUUUGACGACAUAUUUGGAGGCGAUGCCUCCGCGACUUCUACUCCGAAAAAACAAGGACGGGAGUACCCUUUUCCUUCUUCUCCAGGUUCCCGGGUUCUAAGUCCUCUGCCACCUAGAGCUGAGCCUUUCGGAAGUUCGUCUCUUUCUCAAUUCAGUCUUCCUCCUAAUAUGAUCAAAACAGUGGAGCUUCCAACCUUCGGUUCCCCUGCUCGUAGUCUACUUAAGUUGAAUGAUGAUGCUUCCAAUGAGAUAAGCGAUUUUUAUUCUCCUGGCGCUUCUCUUCCUAGAUCUUCAAAGGAAGCUAUCCAAGGUACUGAGGGCUCAAGAAAUGAUGUGUGGUCUUCUUACAAUCAAGGUUCCUCAUCCCAAGAAAUUCUUCUCAGCAGUGAGGUGUCAUCAAACUUGGCUGGAUCUGAUCAAAUCGAUAAAGGAAUCAAUUUGAAAAAGGAUCCAGAGACUUCAGAAAAGUCCAGUACUAGUGGACACUUCCAUUUUUCGAUAUAUAAGUGGGCAGGUAAAGGGGUUCCACUGGACAUCCCUCUUCGAGGUAGGAGAAGUUCAAGGUUGAGAGAAAUGACCAAAUCUGAUGAGCCACCCCCAGGAACCGAUGAAGGCGUAAAUCAAUCAGCUAAAACCCCUUUAUCUGAUUCCUCCUCUAAUAGCCAUAUAACUCUAAAUGUUCAAUCCAACAAGUUUGAAAACAACAAACAAGAAAAUGAAUCAACUCAAGAUGAAAUCACACCAGAGAAGAUUAAACGGAAUAAAGUUGAUGAUGUAGUCAUUCAUCCUGUACCUCAAAGAAUAAUGGGAUACGUUCCUGAAAAAUCAGGGAAAGGAAUCUCUGCCAGCAAAGAAGAAGCUCACCAGCCUGAGAUGAAACCCAUUAAUUCUCUGUUAUUUGAUAAUGGUUUUGAAAGAGACGCAAGCAAUGUUAAAAUAGCUAAAAUGGAUGAUCAAAUGAAGGAAAACAAGGCGAAAAGCACAAAAGCUUCGUCUUCAGUAGUUGGAAAUAGUAAAACUGCAAAGAAACAGGAACGAAUAGAUAUUUCCCAGAUCAGUUCAGAAGUGGAUGGUGCGAGUUUCCGAGGUUCACCAAAGAAGUCAAAAGAGAGUUAUGGGAGAAACAAAGUCAAGGGAAGAGUGAAAGAUUUCGUUAAAAUGUUCAACCAAGAAACUCCAUCAAAACCCAAAGAUGGAUUAUCAUUUCGAAGCCAGAGCUGUAAAUGGAACAAUAAAUUCAAUUUAGAAGUUGAAACAAGUAUUAACACAGCUGUAACAGAUGAAAAAUUGAAGAUGCAUGAGUCAAGUGGGGAUCUUAAACAAUCAACAAAAGCAUAUGCUUCUACACCAGGGAGCCCCAACCCGACCACUACUACUGGUUCAUUCCCAGAUAACAUUAAUGUUAAAGUCGAAGAAGAAGCGGAUGAGUCUUUCCACGAGAACUUCCAGGUAAAAGAAUUACCCCAAAUUGGGAAUGAGAACCCGGAAACUGGCCCGCAUAAUCAAGAAAUGCAGGAUCUAGACACUAAAAUACGACAGUGGACAAGAGGAAAGGAGGGAAACAUACGCUCACUACUUUCAACUCUACAAUACGUGCUUUGGGCAGAGAGUGGGUGGAAGCCCGUUCCUCUUGUGGAUAUAAUUGAAGGCAAUGCCGUGAAAAGAUCAUAUCAAAAGGCUUUACUAUGUUUACACCCAGAUAAGCUACAGCAAAAGGGUGCUGCUUCUCACCAAAAAUACAUUGCAGAAAAGGUUUUUGAUAUUUUACAGGAGGCAUGGAAUUACUUCAACUCACUUGGUUCAGUGUGAGGAAACAGUUUGAAGUAGCUAGAGCAAGCUGGCAAAUCUACAUUGGUUAUGUACAUAUCAAUAUAAGGUUUUGCAUUUUGGAUGUGGAUAGGUUAUACUCGAUUGGUUUCUAUAAACGCUUGGGAAUUUCUGUGUUUGUAUACCAGGAAAAGGUGAUUUCCUAGUAGCAUUUUAUUGAAGUCUGAAGCAUUUGUUUUAAAUUUUUUUUUUUUCAUUUUUGAAUAAGCAUUUGUUUUAGUUGUAUCGGCAAUUCUCUUUGAAUAAAUUGUAUAAAAGGUUUUGGUGUUAAAGUCUUGUAAUUUAUCAGUGGGCAAUAAAAUGCAAAUUCUAAGUGAUCA